AUGCACUGGAAGUAUUCGCUCCUCGGACUGGCGCAGGCCGCAGCUGUCGUCCUGGCCGUGGAUUCGGCCGUCGUCGAUCUGUCGCUGUCCAAGGGGAGCCCCCAACACCUGGCAUCCGGAUUCAUCUAUGGCAUCCCAGACACGUACAACCAGGUCCAGAGUCAUUGGUACACGGACAUGGGAUUCCGGUACAACCGCGCAGGAGGGGCGCAGCUGGAAGCCCCCUGCCGUGGCUGGAUCUGGGGGUACGACGAGUACCUGUGCCGACUGCACUCGACGCUGUCCAACUACCGCACGACGCGAGAGUAUGGAGGCAGCUUCAUCAUCCUCCCACACGAUGUCUGGGGCACCGACCAUGCCAACGACUCGACCGUAUGGCCCGGCGACGACGGUGACUGGACCAACUACGACCUGUUUGUCACCACGCUCCUGGCCGACAUGGCCGAGUACGAUGCUCUUGACGCCCUCGUCUGGGAUACGUGGAACGAGCCUGAUGAGACGGUCUUCUGGGCGCGAUCCGCGCAGCAAUGGGUGGAUCUCUUUGUCCGCACAUCCAAGAUCAUCCGUGAUAACUCCAAGUAUGACGGCGUUCAGAUCACUGGGCCCUCGCUGGCCACGGCUCCCUCCGGCACAGAUGACUUCUGGACACUGUGGCUGAGCCAGGUCGAGGGCAACGACACCGUCCCCGACCAGUACUCGUACCAUCUGGAGGCGGAUGUAGACUCGCCCGACGACGACCUGCAGAUCACCAACGCGACGCUGACGGCCCUGCUGGCAGAGUACGGGUUGCCAGCACGCCAGGUGAACAUCAACGAGUACGCGACGUUUCCGGAGCAGUUCCCUGCGCCUGCCGCAUGGUGGAUCUCACGGCUGGAGCGGUACGAGACGCUCGGCCUGCGAGGCAACUGGAUGGACGGACUCACGCUGCACGACCUGUUCGCCAACCUGCUCACCAAGAUCGAUGACCCGUACAACUAUACCGCGACGGACUAUGCCGCGGCCCCGGAGUGGCAGGUCUACCGCUACUACAACACCAACAUGACCGGCCACCGUGUCAACACCACGGGUACGGCCGACCGCCUGUUUGACGUCUAUGCCACCGUCGACUCCGACAAGGUCCGCAUCCUCUCCGGCACCCGCAUCACAGAGGGCACCUGGGCCAUCACCGUCAACGGCAUGACUGCCGUCGGCCUGCCAGCUGAGGGGACCGUCGACAUCCAGACCUGGGGGUUUGCUGGAACAGACCAUUUCGCCGUCACUGGGGCUCCGUCCAACCGCGGCAUCGUCGCCCACACGUAUGCAAAUGACACUCUGGUGUUUCCCAUCUAUCAGACGGAUACCACCACGGCAUGGGCUUUUGAAUUCAGCAGGGGUUGA